AUGACAUCAUCUUCAAACGUGUUUGGCGAGAAAGCCUCAAUUUUCGUUUCUAUUAUUGCAACGUUUAUUGGCUUGUCAUUAAGCAUUACUGCUAUACUGCUACCAUCAUGGCAGGUGGUAAAUUUGCGGGAAUAUAAUUCGAUUCACGAGCAUGGUCUGUGGUUGGACUGUAGAAGACAUAGUAGAGAUAGUAAUGCCAACGUACUUCUCAGAAGGUACACAACAAAUACGGAACCUUUGAACUGUGUUUAUAAAUUUGACUACGACAAAUAUUCAGGCACUUUUGAUUUGGAAGAUGAUAAUAGUCCUGUUGGAGAAGUAAACAGGCACAAGUUUUAUGGUUGGCAUACAGCAACUUUAAUUUUAUUAGCGCUGGCACUGUUGACGUCGUUCUUAUCUGUAUGUCUAGGUUUGUCUGCGUGUUGUUACAGUUCACUGGCGCUGAUCGUCACGGGUGUAACUCUAAUGACAACAUUUUUGUCUGUAAUAGCUGAAGGACUAUUCUUUUUCUAUUCACAUCGUGCCGAUGUUCGCUUUAUCAAGGGUAUUGUCAGUACAUACGAGCAGCGAGUUGGCUUGGCAUUUUUUCUGCAGAUGGCCGCAUGUGCAUGUCAUUUUCUUGCAUUUCUCGUUUCACUGGUAUUUAUAUAUUUUGCAUGGACUGGUAAAAGCGAUGCUAGUGAUCGAUAUAGUUUUAAUCGAGGCUCAAAGUUAAAUGUAGCAAGUAUGGGAAGAUCGUUGGAAUUUGAACCACAAAUGAUAUAUCAGCAAAAUGUGGCACCCACUGGAAUUCGCCCACCUCAUUAUAUGAAACAUCAAGAACAGUACGACAAAAAUAUCGCUGGAAGUACUCCUGAGUUAGGGACAAGACAGUUAUCUGCCGAAUUCUUUGGACAAAAAGUAAGACGAAAAAGUGAAACCUGUGUUUAA